AUGAAGGAAACAUGGAGAUACCUAGCCGGCAUAGCAGGCUCAAGUGGUUAUGGUUCAAAUUCAACUGCUGAACACGUUAUUCAAGAUUCUGCUUGCUUAGUCCCUCCCCAUUUAACUGCCAUCGUCACUGGGGCAACAUCAGGUAUUGGAGUUGAGACUGCAAGAGCACUAGGUAGGAAAGGUGUGAGAAUAGUGAUUCCAGCAAGGGACUUGAAAAAGGCAGCUGAAGUGAAGGAAAGGAUACAAAAAGAGAGUCCAAAUGCAGAGAUAAUAAUAUUUGAGACUGAUAUGAGUUCGUUUGUUUCUGUAAAGAGAUUUUGUUCUGCUUUUCUUGAUCUACGACUACCCCUUAACAUCCUCAUAAAUAAUGCUGGGAUAUACUCUCAUAAAUUGGAGUUCUCUGAAGACAAAAUUGAGAUGACAUUCGCUACAAAUUACUUAGGACAUUAUUUGAUGACGGAGUUGCUAUUAGAGAAAAUGAUAGAAACAGCAGAGCAGACAGGCAUCCAAGGAAGAAUAAUAAAUCUUUCCUCCGUAAUUCACAGCUGGGUGAAGAGAGAUGCUUUUUGCUUCAAGAAAAUGCUAAACCCAAAGAAUUAUGAUGGUACACGUGCAUAUGCUCAAUCCAAAUUGGCUAAUAUAUUGCAUGUGAAAGAAAUAGCCAGACAGCUCAAGGCAAGGAAUGCAAGAGUAACAAUCAAUGCAGUACACCCAGGCAUUGUAAAGACUGGAAUAUUGAGAGCUAGUUAUAAGGGCUUCAUCACAGGUAGCUAG